GCACGUUUGAUUUGGGAAAUGGACGGAAAGAUUUGAGAAGAACCAAGCGUGAAGCUACCAGGAUCCCAUUAUCUUUCAAUUCUGUCAUAUUUCAGAACUGCAACCUACCUGGAAUACCUCAAAGUACAAGGUACUGUAUUGAAUGUUCAGAGACACGACCAAGGUAAGAAAAGCUGAAAAAACACCGCCACUGAACAAGACUGGGCCAAGAAAUAUCUGAAGACAGAUUUCAAAGGUUUUAUGGACCGAUGAAAUGAGAGUGACCGUUGAAGGACCAGAUGGAUGACGAAGGGGCACAGAGCUCCACUUCGACUCAAUCGACAGCAAAGUGGAGGUGGGAUACUGGUAUGAGCUGCUAUGACUGUAUUGUUCUCAGUCGUUGCACAUUUUCAACACUUCUCUUCAAACCUAUUGAAUGUAUUUAGAAACAAAACACGAUUAUGACUUUUGCGGGUCUUUAAUCGUAUUUUCUUACGGUGUUUCGGGGCACAAAUGACUCUUUCGUGAAUACUGCCCAGCGACAAGUGGCUGGACAUAUGUGUGAUGUGACAAGGGAUGGGCAUAAUUAUCGAUAAAUCGAUUGAUUGAUUAAUUGAACUCGUUCGAUUGCGCGGAAUCGAUUGUCGAUUAAGGCAAAAUGGAGUGCACAAAUUGGUCACCAGCCAAUCGCAGGGAAAAUAGAGUAACGAACCAUUCACAUUCACGCCGCUCAACAAUUUAGUCUUCGAUUAACCUGAACUGACAAGGACUUAUAACAGUGUUAAAUGACUAAGUGUUACUUAACAACUGAGCAUUAUUAAAGGCACCAGUAUUAAAUGUCUUUGCUGGGUGUGUGCGUGCGUGCACAUUACACUUGUUUCCGGCAGUGUACAUAGCUAUAUUUAACUCUCACUGUCAUGGGAACUGUCAGUGCUAGUGGGGACACUUCCUUGGAGCCUGUGUGUGUGUGUGUGUGCGUGUGUGUACGUGCGUGCGUGCGUGUAUUAUGGGAAGGUGCAAGGGGGGUUGGGGCAGGUAUUGCUACCUAAUUCCGUCCAGUUUUGCAGGAAGCUUGGCUUCUCCCUUCACACAGUCGGGUGGGUGUGUGUGUGUGUUUGUAUUUGUGUGUGUGUGUGUGCGUGAGAGAGCGAGAGAGAGAGAGAGAGAGAGAGAGAGUGAGUGCGCGCGUGUCCCCAGUCAUAAGCAUCAGUGCACUUUACUCGGGGCUCCAUCCGUAGACAGAGGGUCCAUGAUGAGAGGCUGCUCCGGCCGACCCAAGCCGGCACAGAACCAGGGCAGAGGGGGCGACGCGGCACGGCGAGUGACGUCACUGACGUGGAGAUAGCGCGAUUGAGUGGGAGGCUGAGACGGAGGCUCAGAGGCUCUCAGGCUGCAUCCUCGUCGAGCUGCCGCGAUGAAACCCCGGUCACCUUCGGAGCAGCAUCACGGGAAAAGACCCCGUGCGUCUCCCGCGGCGGCCUCCACGUCGCCGCAAGACGGAAUGGAGGAUACAACGCCGCCGAAUUCUCGAGAACUCACCCAAAACCCCCUGAAGAAGAUCUGGAUGCCGUGUAAAAAUGGCCUUCCCGAGAGGCACAUUUCUCAAAGGAAGGUAUGUAUGACCAACUGUCCGACCCUGAUAGUGACGGUGGGCCUUCCUGCCAGGGGGAAGACUUACAUCUCAAAGAAGCUGACCCGUUAUCUGAACUGGAUAGGGGUUCCCACCAGAGAGUUCAAUGUAGGACAGUAUAGGAGAGAGUGUGUGAAGAUCUAUAAGUCCUUUGAGUUCUUCCGUCCAGACAAUGAGGAAGGGUUAAAGAUCAGAAGACAAUGCGCUUCGGCAGCUUUGAACGAUGUGCGACAGUACCUCACAGAAGAAGGAGGUCAAGUUGCGGUUUUUGAUGCUACAAACACCACCAGAGAAAGGAGAGAAACCAUCAUUGAGUUUGCAGAGCAAAAUGGCUUCAAGGUGUUCUUUGUUGAAUCUGUAUGUGAAGACCCAGAUGUCAUCCAGGAGAACAUUGUGCAAGUGAAGCUGGGCAGCCCUGACUACACUAACUGCAACACCGAAGAGGCAGUGGAAGACUUUAUGAAGAGGAUUAAGUGUUAUGAAAACUCUUAUGAGACCCUGGAUGAGGUCUUGGACAGGGAUCUCUCCUACAUCAAAAUCAUGGAUGUGGGUCAGCGGUUUCUGGUCAACCGGGUAUUGGACCACAUCCAGAGUCGGAUAGUCUACUAUCUCAUGAACAUCCACAUCACGCCUCGCUCCAUCUACCUGUGCCGCCAUGGUGAGAGUGAGCUCAAUGUCAAGGGCUGCAUCGGAGGAGACUCUGGUCUCACACUGAGAGGAAAAGAGUUUGCCAAAAAGCUGAGCCAGUUCAUCCAGGCUCAGGGCAUCAGCGACCUGAAGGUGUGGACCAGUCAAAUGAAGAGAACCAUCCAGACCGCAGAGGCUCUCGGUGUGCCUUACGAACAGUGGAAGGUCCUCAACGAGAUUGAUGCCGGUGUGUGUGAGGAGAUGAUGUAUGAGGAGAUUCAAGACAACUACCCUCUAGAGUUUGCACUGCGGGAUCAGGACAAGUACCGUUACCGCUACCCUAAAGGAGAGUCCUAUGAGGACCUGGUGCAGCGCCUGGAGCCCGUCAUCAUGGAGCUGGAGAGGCAGGAGAAUGUGCUGGUCAUCUGUCACCAGGCCGUCAUGCGCUGCCUCCUGGCCUACUUUCUGGACAAGACAGCAGAGGAGCUGCCCUACCUGAAGUGCCCGCUUCACACCGUGUUGAAGCUCACUCCUGUGGCCUACGGCUGUAAGGUUGAGUCCAUUGGCCUCAACGUAGACGCUGUCAACACACACAGAGAGAAACCAGAGAACGUGAACGUCCAUCGGACGACAGAGGACGCCCUGCGGACCGUCCCUGCUCACCUCUGACACUUUGCUGCGGCCCCCGUGAGCCUCGUGGUGCCCUUUUGUUGCGUUUUCCCUCCUUAGGGUGCACCUCCUGUCGACGUAGGUGACUGUCAGGGUGAAGUGCCUCUGAUACAUACACACACACAUGUAGCUCUUAGGUACGAUAUGAAGGAGUUCAACUGAUUUGAAGUUUUGCACAUUGUGGUCACAUUUGCUCCAGUAUGAUAUCUGUGUCCAAAUUGUACUUUAGUGCAACAUUUUUUAAAGUACUGUAUAUUUUUAAUUAUCGCUAUGGGUUCCAUCAAAUAAUCAUUUGCUUCAUAUUUUAUUCGCUUUAAUGUGCAAUCAUCGUUUUUGUGAACGUGUCCUCCGUGUUUAAUGUGCAAUUUGAAGGUUCCAAACCUACUCUACUGUACCUGGAAGACAAUACUAUGAAACCUUUCAUCUUUGUGAAGUGCUCCUUCACUUCUGGAUGAAUGAAAUGACUGGAAUCUUAUGAACAACGGCCUUUCACCUCGGUUGUUUCCACUAACUUGUCUUUUAUGUUUCACCUAAAGCAGAUGUACUGCCAUUAGAGUGCGAGUUCUAAUUCUCCAUCAUGAUGGAAAUGUAUUUGUGAAGAAUGCAUGCGUGUUCUUGUGGCUUAAUAGUUAAAGUCGAUCUAAGCCUGUGACUCCACCUCUGUUGAAAUACAAUAAAAGUAAAUUUUCCACAAUGAC